CCCGAAAGUAUCAGCGACUGCUUCCUUCCCACCCGCAUCUCUGCCCUCCCACUUCAUCCGCCGCUUCCUCCCCCUCCUCGCUCUUUCUUCUUCUCAUUCACUUCUGAUCAUCCCCUCCGAUUCGUCAGGCUUUCAUCCCACCUCAUCUCAUUUCUUUCUCACAGCCCAACUCUCUUUCAUUGGUCGUUCAUCUCAAAUUGUUCUGGACCAGGGGUGUCUAGUUUAACGACCUGUGCUGUGACGGUUGAUAUCGCAUUGGGAUUUGUCUUCUACAGAAACAAGUCUUGAUAGCAAGCAACCUGAUGAGUCGUGAGAGAAUGGUAGAGUUUGUGGCGGGCGCUGCGUCGGGAUUUGUUGCAGACGGUGUAACGCACCCUGUGGACACUGUUCGAACAAGAUUGUGGGUUCAAGGGGAAGGGACAGCUUACAGGUAUUCUGGAUUGCUUCAUGGAACAGUAGACAUGGUGAAGAAAGAGGGAUUGCCCUCGCUCUUCAAAGGUUUCGGAAGCGUCGCAUUGCUGACUCCUUUAGCGCAUGGUCUUUACUUUGGAUCAUAUGAAUGGUUCAAGCGAACACUAGGACACCGGAAAGGCGGCCUAGGCCUCGGAGACUCCUCCAACGCUAUGAUCUCAGGAUUCUUUGCGAAUGGAGUCGGAGGUCUGGUGUGGAAUCCGAUGGACGUGGUGAAGCAGAAGCAACAAGCCAACGUCGGCAGCUUGUACAAAAGUCCAUUGAAUGGGCUCGUUGAGGUUUGGAGGGAGGGAGGCAUGUGCCGGGGUUUGAUGAAAGGAUAUUGGUCGGGAAUGGCAACAUAUGGGCCAUUUUCAGCUAUUUACUUCAUGAUGUACGAGAACUGGAAAGUAGCAUGCAUGAAAUGGACUACGCAGCAUG